AUGUCGCAAGAUCAGUGCAAGACGCACUUGAUCGGGCGUCUGCACAUUGCGCUCGCGUUCGAUGUCAUGCCGAGAUCCAAGCUACAGGAAGCCAUGGACCUUGCCAAAGUAGACCCAGUAGCCACGCUGGACACAGAUAACGGCAUACGUCAGGGCUGUUGCUUAGCUCCCUCAUUGUGGGUGUUGUAUACAGGGCUUAUCCUCACCUACAUUAAGCAGAAAGUAAGCAUGCAUGACUCCACAGUCUUCGCUGAUGACUUCCUGUUUCAUUGGCUAGUUGACUCCACUGAUCAGCUGAAGGGUGCAUUUAACCACAUCAGCUUUGUGCUUGACACCUUGGCAGCAUUUGGUAUGACUAUCAGCCCUGGCAAGUCGGCUGUCUUGAUUGGGGUUCGUGGGUCCAAGGUGGGAUCGAUACUUCAAAAGCAUGUCUUUAAGGAUCCUAGAAAAGGCAAGUUUCUACAUUGCCCCACCCGCCACGGUACCACCCGCUUACCUGUCGUUACUCAGCAUCCAUACCUUGGCGCGAUACUCAGCUACCAAUCUAUGGAGGCACUCACGCUCAAGGAACGCGUUCGUCAGUCUUGGAGCUCUUUUCAUCGUAUCCUGCCGGCCCUUCGCUCAAACAGCGUGGCCCUGCGCAGCCGCAUUUCUGUCUGGCAGAGCUGUGUCUUCUCAACGCUGAUGCACGGCCUGGACAGCGUGGGCCUAGCUCCGGGUGGCUCGAUCCCACAGACACUCUGCGCCUCCGUGUACAGCGACCCCAUAGUCUCCACUAAUCCUGAGGCAGCUCCCGAAGAGACCAUACCCCUGACCCCUACUGGUGCACCAUUGCGCUGGCUAGUGAUUGGUUACCUGUCACGACAUGUCAAGUCUCAGCAUGCCGAAGCCUAUAUCUUUCAUGCUGCUGUGCUAAAGUGGCUCGACGACCGUAAGACGGCCAUCCUGUCGCCCUGCCAGUUCUGCGGAGCUGACUUUAAGGCCAUGGAGACCCACAUGAAGGAUGCACUCCGGAAGGAGAUGGCGGAUGUGGAAACCCAGGAGCUCAUGGGAGCUCAAGAGCAGGCCAACCUCCUUUCGGCCAUGAUGCAACGCUCAGCGGGGGCACUGGAGCCAUCUGCACCGAGUGACCCAGGGAUGGCCAGCACCAGGGCGAGCACGCCAGUGGGAGAGGGUGCAGCGACGGAGGCAGCCCCGGAAGGACCGGAACCCAUGGAGACGCAGCGGGACAAGCGGACAGCAGAGGACCGUCACGAUCGCUCGGACCGGAAGUGGAAGUCCGACACAGACCGGGACAAGGAGCUGAUGAAUUUGUGCCUGAGCAUGGGCCGGCUCCUGCUGCGACACGAGGACCAGUUCGGCAUCAACAGGGCCCAGGACAACUAUGUGAUGUUCGCUCAGUGCCAGGGUGUACUUUCUAUGGUCCCGGAGCUCUACGUGGCAGCAGAGGCCUGGAAGACCAUGAAGAAGGAGACACCCGAGCUCCUGACGCUACCCCUUCGGGCAUGGCUGCUGAAGCACUGGGUGGACCUCAUGCUCAAGAGGAUGGAAAUGAUCAUGACGAGCGAGGAAACCAUCAAGCAGGCCAAGGAUAUGCUGAUCCUGGACGACCAGUGCAAUGUUCCAUACCUGGAAUGGAACCGGAGCUCCCGCUCCCUGCAGAUCAAGAAGGACCGCGACCCCAUGACCCUCAGCCAGGUCCUGGAAGCUCUCAAGGCCAUGCAGCUCUUGGCCAUCCAGCCACUGGUGGUGCCGCUUAUGCUGCAAGUGGGCUCCCGCACGGCGGAGUGCCACCAGAUGUGGAAUCAUCUGCAGCGUUUGAGCCACAGCGCUGCCUGCCGCGUGACUGCGGUCUCCUUGCGCAGCGACCGGAUGGGACGUUCGGCCUUGGGCGUGGCGGUGCAGAAGAUCAUCGAAGAGAUGUACG